ACGUGUUGUCAAAAUAAAGUCAAGCAAGCUUGCUUCUCUUUACGGCGUUUGUUGUAUUGCUAAAUACCAUAAAACUUUUAAAUAAAUAGUAUUGACAAAGUGCAUACAAUGCCCGUAUUUUAAAACUAACUAAGGCAUUGUUGUAAACAAAAAUGUGUGAUAGCGACGAUGGGGGCGACGGGGGCGAUGGCGGCUCAGGAAUGGAUUUGACUGGGUUUUUAUUCGGCAAUAUUGAUGAACGCGGUCAGUUGGAAGAUGAUGGACUCCUUGAUGGAGACUCCAAGCGCAUGCUGUCAUCUCUCACUCGCUUUGGCUUCGGGUCUAUGUUAUCUGAAGUACUCGACGAAGAAGAAGUUAGCAAGGAAGAUCAAGAGAAAGAUUACACACAAAAAAGUCCAUCAGCCGUAGACUUUUUUGAUAUAGAUGAUGCAGUGGAUGAUGUAAAGGAAAUAGAGAGUAGCACUAACCCGGCUGCACAGAACACAACCGACACAGAGGGAACGGAUGUAAAGUCCGAGAUAGAUGAUACAGAUUGUCCACAGAGUGAGAAGGAAGGGAGAAAUGACUGGAAGGAGGAUGAUAUCUACCGACAAGGUGGACAGGGGACUAAUGAUGAGGGAUAUGAAGGUGAUAUGGAGGGCGACGGUGAACUUAUGCCACCGCCGCAGACAAUACCAUCGCAUAAAUCUUCAGAGAGGCCAAAGAGAUUGGAAACACCACUGGCAGCUAUGUUGCCAUCGAAAUAUGCUAAUGUUGACGUGAGAGAACUGUUCCCAGACUUCAGACCUGAUAAAGUACUUCUAUUCUCUCGUCUAUUCGGUCCUGGUAAACUGUCAAGCUUGCCUCAAAUAUGGCGCGGUGUUAAGAAGCGAAGACGACGCAAGCGCAGUGGUAGUACAAGUAGUGACACACCGCCUACAACUGCUGAAAAUCAGGAACCACAGUAUGCCAGUGAUGAUGAGGAGAAAUUGUUGAAGCCUAUGGAAGAAAACCAACAAUCGAGCAAUGAUAAUAACUCCGGUAAUUCGGGCGAUAAGUCGCAAAGACCGACUCCUGCGCAUUGGCGAUUCGGGCCUGCACAGAUGUGGUAUGACAUGCUCAAUGUGCCUGAGACCGGCGAUGGAUUUGAUUAUGGAUUUAAGAUUAAGGCCCCAUCACCAGAAAGGGAAGAAAAACCCAAAGAAGUUGAAGAGGUGAACCCUGAAAAGCAAGAGAAAGAAGAAGAUCCAGACAGUGGUUUCCCUGAUGACUCGUUCCUCAUGGUAUCACAGUUACAAUGGGAGGAUGACGUCAUAUGGGAUGGCAGUGAGAUCAAACAUAAGGUGCUAGCGCGUCUGAACAGUAAAAGCAAUGCAGCGGGUUGGGUGCCGACAUCAGUGAGUCGUACUGCGCAACAGUUCUCUCAUCCUCGACCGCAACCACCCGCGCCUUUGCAGCCUAAACCUCCCACUGCAACAGCAACAGCAAACAAAGAUCCUACCGGUAACUCAGCCGACGGCGAAGACAAUACUUGGUACAGUAUAUUCCCCGUUGAAAACGAAGAGUUAGUCUACGGAACUUGGGAAGACGAGGUCAUUUGGGACGCUGAGAAUAUGAGCAUGGUGCCUAAACCGAAGAUAUUGACUUUAGAUCCUAAUGACGAGAACAUUAUUCUUGGAAUACCUGAUGAUGUUGAUCCUUCGAAGAUUACUAGAGAGAGAGGCCCAGCUCCCAAAGUGAAGAUCCCACAUCCUCACGUGAAGAAGUCUAAGAUCCUGCUCGGCAAAGCGGGCGUCAUCAACGUGCUACAGGAAGACGCGCCGCCUCCACCGCCCAAGUCACCCGACCGAGAUCCUUUCAAUAUUUCUAAUGAUGUAUUCUACAUGGCCAAAUCCCAAAACCCUCGUCUCAAAGUGGGCGGAGGUCAAUUAAUUCAGCAUAGUACCCCAGUAGUGGAGUUACGUGCUCCGUUCAUACAGACGCACAUGGGUCCCGCGCGACUCAGGGCCUUCCAUCGCCCGCCCAUGAGGAAACUGUCGUACGGACCUCUGGCGGCCCCGGGACCUCAUCCAGUGCAACCGCUGCUUAAACAUAUUAAGAAGAAGGCUAAGCAACGCGAAGCAGAGCGAUUAGCUUCCGGCGGUGGUGACGUAUUCUUCAUGCGAACUCCAGAAGAUCUAAGCGGUAGAGACGGCGAGCUCGUAUUGGUGGAAUUCUGCGAGGAACAUCCCCCACUCAUCAGCCAAGUUGGCAUGUGUUCCAAAAUCAAAAACUACUACAAACGUACUGCGGCUAAGGGGUCCAAAAGGGGCGGUGCCAAUUCAAAGGAUGAAGGUCCAAAACCGCUUAAGUAUGGUGAAGUGGCGUAUGCUCAUACGUCGCCUUUCCUUGGCAUAUUACCGCCGGGAGCAACACAACCUGUCGUUGAGAACAAUAUGUACCGAGCUCCUAUAUACGAACAUACACUGCAGCCUUCUGACUUCUUGAUUAUAAGGACGAGACAAUCUUAUUACAUUCGUGAAGUGGAUGCAUUAUUCGUGGCUGGUCAAGAAUGUCCGUUAUAUGAGGUGCCUGGACCCAACUCGAAAAGGGCUAACAAUUUUGUACGAGACUUUCUGCAGGUCUUCAUUUACCGAUUGUUCUGGAAAUCUCGAGAUAAGCCGCGCCGAAUAAAGAUGGAUGACAUAAAGAGGGCGUUCCCGUCACACUCUGAAAGUUCUAUACGCAAGAGGCUCAAGCUGUGUGCUGACUUCAAACGUACUGGAUUAGAUUCUAAUUGGUGGGUAAUAAAACCAGAUUUCCGUCUUCCAUCGGAAGAAGAGAUUCGUGCGAUGGUAUCGCCCGAGCAGUGUUGUGCAUACUUCAGUAUGGCGGCCGCGGAACAAAGGCUCAAAGACGCGGGGUACGGAGAGAAGUUCAUAUUCACGCCGCAAGAGGAUGACGAUGAGGAAAUGCAGUUGAAGAUGGAUGAUGAGGUAAAAGUAGCACCUUGGAACACAACCCGCGCCUACAUCCAAGCCAUGCGUGGCAAAUGUUUGCUCCAACUAACUGGUCCAGCCGACCCGACAGGCUGCGGCGAAGGGUUUUCCUACGUACGAGUGCCGAACAAACCAACACAACAGCCCAAUGAAGAACAACAGCCGAAGAGAACGGUGACGGGUACUGAUGCCGACUUGAGAAGAUUGAGCUUGAAUAAUGCUAAAGCUUUGCUGAGGAAGUUUGGUGUGCCUGAGGAAGAGAUCAAGAAACUGUCUAGAUGGGAGGUCAUUGACGUAGUUAGAACAUUGUCGACUGAAAAAGCUAAGGCUGGUGAAGAAGGAAUGACGAAAUUUUCGAGAGGAAACAGAUUCUCUAUAGCUGAACAUCAAGAAAGAUAUAAAGAAGAGUGCCAACGUAUAUUCGAGCUACAGAACCGUGUACUGACGAGCACAGAAGUGCUGAGUACAGACGAGGCCGAAAGCUCCGUCAGUGAAGAAUCAGAUUUGGAAGAAAUGGGCAAGAACUUGGAGAACAUGCUCGCAAAUAAAAAGACUACGGAACAGUUAUCAUUAGAAAGGGAAGAGGCCGAGAGAGCUGAACUAAGAAAGAUGAUUUUGGGUCAAUCUGAAAAGAAGCCACAAAUCAAUCAGAAUGACCAGCAGCAAUCAUCCAGUCAAGCAGGUCGCGUCCUCCGUAUAGUUCGUACAUUCCGCAAUGCGUCCGGCCAACGUUACACAAGAGUCGAACUUGUACGUAAAGCGGCCGUCAUCGAGGCGUACAUGAAGAUACGCUCCACCAAAGACGACACAUUCAUACGACAGUUCGCCACCAUGGACGAAUCGCAGAAGGAAGAAAUGAAGAGAGAAAAGAGGAGGAUUCAAGAACAACUAAGACGUAUCAAGAGGAAUCAAGAAAGGGAAAGACUGGCAGGAAAUGUCACAGUCCCUGGACCAUUUCCUGAUAGUAAGAGUAAUAUUCUGUCUUCAUCGAUGGAUCUGAGCUCUCCGUCCCAAGGUUUGAUCCCAUUGGGUCAAAUUAAGCAAGAACCAGAUUUGCACACUCCAUCCUCUUCAAGACGCCGUGCUAAGUUGAAGCCAGAUUUGAAACUCAAGUGUGGUGCUUGCGGUCAAGUAGGCCACAUGCGCACAAAUAAGGCCUGUCCUCUGUAUACGGGCGCGAUGGGAGGCGGGCCGUCUUCGCCGCCUGAGACUGACAUCGAACCACCGCCGCUAGAACCCGAUGAUGAUGAUUUGGGCUAUGUUGACGGAACCAAGCUUACGUUACCUACGAAGAUUAUUAAGCAAUCAGCAGAGGAACUGAAACGCCGUGGUUCAGGCCGCCGCGCGGGCGGCGCAAGCGGGUCCGGCGAGCCCCGCAGCAUGGGCCGCCGGGUCCGACGCGGCACUGCCGGCGACUCCUGCGAUUAUCUCGUCCGAAGACCCGCAGAAAGACGCAGAACAGACCCGCUUGUUACACUGUCAUCGCUGUUAGAAGACGUGCUCAAUCAUAUGAGACACCUGCCCGAUGUUCAACCGUUUUUGUUCCCUGUUAAUCCCAAGUUGGUAGCCGACUACUACCGCAUAGUCUCCCGUCCGAUGGACUUGCAAACAAUUCGGGACAACCUCAGACAGAAGCACUAUCAAAGUCGAGAGGAAUUCUUGGCAGACGUGAACCAAAUAGUCGAAAAUUCGACUCUUUACAACGGUACUAACGGACCUACGAGCAGUUUGACGGUAGCUGCGCAAAGGAUGUUGCAACGAUGCGUUGAAAAAUUGGCUGAAAAAGAAGAGCAAUUGAUGAAAUUGGAGAAACAAAUCAAUCCAUUGCUCGAUGAUAACGAUCAGGUGGCGCUAUCAUUCAUCUUAGAAAAUCUAUUGACAACUAAAUUGAAGAUAAUGCCUGAAGCGUGGCCGUUCCUGAAGCCAGUCAAUAAGAAACAAGUGAAGGAUUACUACAAUGUUAUCAAGAAACCCAUCGAUAUGGAGACUAUGGGCAAGAAAAUACAAGCUCACAAGUACCACAGUCGCAACGACUUCCUCCGCGACAUUCAGCUGCUAGUGGACAACUGUCGCGCCUACAACGGUCCCAACUCCCAGUUCACGAGGCAGGCUGAAAUCAUACUUAAAGUCACUCAAGAGUCGUUAGAACAGUUCGGCGAACACGUCAGUCAACUCGAAGCGAACAUUUCCCGCGUACAACAGAAGAUGUUAGAAGAGGCUGAUCAUUCAGACCUGGACGUGGAAGAACCGCCGCCGCCGCCGCCCGAUGAGAAGCGUGGCAGAGGCCGGCCGAGGAAGCACAAGCCUUCCACUUCCACUGCUGCUGCUGAUGGUGCAACACCAAGGAAGCGUGGUAGACCAAGAAAAGAUCAGAACUCUUUGGAAGAAGAUCUCCAGUACUCGGAUAGUGGCAGCUCAGAGCUCGAGGAGGUUGAACAGAAAGUGGCUGCAGAAGCGAUGGUUCAAUUGGCUGUACGGCCACCGUAUCAAGACGAAGACCCGCCGCUAGGAGAGCCAAGUUUCGACACAUCGGAGUUCCUAAUAAAGCGCGAGGUGCCGGAUGAACCGCCGCAACCCUCCGACGACUUCGUGGAUCUCGACCAACAUAGCACUGAUUACUCGUUCCCGCCUGUUGUUAAGGAGGAACCGAUUGAGCCUGACAUGGGCUUGGAGCCACAAAUGUUGGGCGGCACAGGUUUGGAACCGGUGCCGCAGUUCAAGGAAGAACCCCCAGAAAACUGGCAGCCGGACCCAGCAAUACAAGACGACCUUCAAGUCACUGAUAGUGAAGAGGAACCCGAAGAUGGACUAUGGUUCUAAGAACAAAAACAUAAACAUAUUAUAUUAUGUAGACAAAAAUUAUAAUAGUAUUCAUAGUUUUGUUAUGGACUGUAACAAUUGGUCGACACGACAGAUUGACUUUAAAAUAUCUAUUCAGCUUCCAAUGUAAUGUAGUGAAUAUUUUUAUGAAAACAAUAAUGGAUAUGAUGAGAAUAUAAGGGCAAUUCUGCCGUCACUAAAACCUAGAACACUUUGAUUGUAAUAUAACUUUUUGAUUGACUAUACUAUGGACUUUAUACCCUAUGAAUUUGAGUCAAUCUCAUGAAUUCAUUCUUUGAUUGAAAUGGUAUAGAUAGGCUUAUUAAAAUUACAUAAAUCCUAGAUAUGAAAUAAGAGAAUGAUUUAAAUUAAGUUUAUUAUUGUUGUUUCUAUAAAUAUUUUGUAAGAAUAAAUAAUAUUAGUUAGUAAA